AUGAAUUCCUUGCAGGGCAUCUGGGAGUUGGGUUUUGUUGUGGUCGAUCUCACUUUGUGUUGGCAACUCCAAACAGAUAUAACUGAGCUUUUUCUUACAACGUUGUUGUCAUUGGGCAAAAUCAGCAAGAACAAAGUGUCUAAACUGAAAACCAGAUUCAACAGACUCCAUGAAACUCUGAAGAGUGUUAAGGACUCAGAGGUCAAACUCUUAGGACAGGCAAAGAGAUCUCAUGCAGAGCUGGUCAGACUGCAGGAAGAGAUGGAGAGAACAGAGGAGCAGAGCACCUCUGAGGAACCUGAAAGCGAGGUCACCAAACUGAGGCAACAGAUCCUUCAUGCAUACAAUGAACUGAAAGCCGCUGAGGACAGAGACCACCAGACACAAUAUGAAAUGGAGUGUCUCUGGGAAGAGAAGCGAUAUCUGGAGAAAGAGAAUGAGAUUCAGCUGAAACCUGCUGAGCUGGAGGGCAGAACAAAAGCUCUGCAGGACAAAUAUGAAGAUCUGAGAAAAGAGGUGGCUCAGAGACAACUUGAAGUCAGAAGUCUAAUGGAGGAUGUGGCAACACAUGAAAUGCAGAUAUUGAAAGAACAAAAAGAGCUUGAGGACAAGAAGGCGAUCAUAGAGCUCAAAGAGGCUGAGAGAGCACAGCUUAUAAGCGUACCUGACCAGAUUUUAAAGGAGACUGAAAGGAAACACACUAAAAGGGAAGCGGCAAUAAAGAAGAUAGAGGCACUAAAUACAGAGAUUUCAGAAAUGGAACAGCAAGUGAAGAAGGUAAAUGAGCAUAACCACUCCCUCCUGACAGAGAAGAAGAAGGUAAUGAAGGAGCUGGAGGGUGUCCGGUCCCAAGCAGAGGCCAGUCAAAGGGAGAGCAGACAGCUGCUGAAAGAGCAGGAGCUCAUUAGGGAGGAGGAGAUGGAAAUCAUUGGUACCAGAGGAAUCCUGGAAAUGAAGUUGCAGAACAUCAGGUGUGACAGAAAGCACCUGUACGAAAGCCAAUGUGUGAAGCUGAGGGAGAAAAAUAGGCAGAUGCAAGCUAUCAAGAGGAUGGAGCAUGCACUGGCCAUGGCUAUGGAGCAGCUCAAACACACACAGUGUAUCUAUGAUGAGUUACAGGCACAGUUAGAUGCUGUUCCCAAGAGAGAGGCCAGUAUUCAGCGGAGGAUAGAAUGUCAGAAAGAAGUGGAUGCUCUGAAAAUCAGCUUUGAAAAACAGCAAUCAGAAACUGAGGAGGAAAGCCAAAAGAUGCUGCAGUACGGGGCAAUUCAGCAUCUGCUGAGGGAGUCAAACAGCCUGCGAGAAGAACUCCACAACCUCAGAUGUCUGACCCAUAUUAAAGCUGACGAGAAGGGCCAGAAGCACCGAGAACUGCUUAGGGCUGAGCACAUGAAUCAGCACAUUCAGGAAGAGCUGCGAGAAAAAGAGCUGAUCAUUAUGGACCUCACCAAGUUCAAUGCUAUGCUACAGCGCAGAACAUUACAGUACUGUAAAUUGUGUGAUAUGAUCAUGGAGGAGAAGCAAAAAUAUGUCAAGCUGAAGCAGGUCGCAUCACAAACUAUUACAGAGUUGAGUGAGCAGUUCAAGGUCCUUGAAAAUGAGACGGAAAUCCAGCGCACCAUUGUCAUCAACAAGGAAAGAUUGCUCACAAAAGCUGGGAAGAAGAUCUCUCAAAGCUGCAGAAUGAGAGAGAAGCUACGCAAUGACAUCUCCAAGGUUUCCUGGAAGCUCCAACAGAUCAAUCAGGAGUGUGACGACAACAAACUGGAGCUGAUGAAACUCACACAAAUGAUAGAUGUCCAGAAGCAAGUGCUUCUGGAAAUAAACAAGAAACAUGAAAUGGCCAUACAGAGGCGCAAUUUUCUUGGCAUUCAGCUCCUGGAACAUGAUGAGGUGUUGUUCACUUACUAUGAAAAAGUUAAUGUCCAGGAGGCAGCCAUUAAUAAAGAAAACAUGGCACUGGAGACACUGGAGAAGGAGAUGACAGACUUACAGAUAACCAUUAAUGAAGACAGGAGGCAGAUAGACCUGAAAAGGAAAGAGGUGCCUCUUCAAAAAAAGCUGGAGGGAGAGAUCACCAUGCUGCACAUACAGUUGUCUGAAGCCAGACACCAGACAUUUGAAGGUCUGAAUCGAACAGUGGGUUACAAAGAGCUAAAAGGCAAAGACCCCCCCACUGUAGAACUGGUCAAGAAAAUUGAGCAGCUGGAGGUGAAUCUAGCAGAGCGUGAGAGGCAGUUACUGGAAAAAGAACUCCUCGUGGACCAAGUGACCUGCCUUCUAAAGCCUCUCAAAGAACAGUCUGAGAACUGCAGACAGGAUCGACUGUCACUGGCAAAAAAGCUGAACGAGGUCCGUACUAAUCUAACCAACACCAACAACCGAAUAAUGGCAGUUUCCGCUGAACUUUCCAUGAUGCAAGCGGCCACGUUGUCUCUACAACAAGAGAUCAAAGAGAAAGAGCUGCAGAUGGACAGCUGCCAGCGGCGGAUGGAGCAGGGCCUGCCACCCGACGCUGAGAUGGAGGCAGAGUGGAAGAGGAUGCUCCGGGACAAGAAGAGAAGGCAGAGGGACAAAGAGGAGAAAGAAAGGUUGGCUGAAGAGAACGAGUGGAACCUGUUGCCUAAUGGAGUGUACACCACGGCCGAAAUCCGUCCAAAUGCAUACAUCCCCCAGAAUGACGAACUCCCCCUGCCCAAACCGUACGGAGCCCAUGCCCCCUUUAAGCCCUUCCAACCUGGAGCCCACAUGAGACACUACCGCAAACCAGCACUCAAACCUCUGGAGACAUAACCAAACAAUGUACACAUCAGCAUCGAGUUAAAGGUGGGGUAGGAGAUCUUGGAAAAACAGUUUGACACA